AUGGUUAAGGACACUAAGUUGUAUGAUUUGUUAGGUGUUAGUGCAGACGCCAACGAUGCGCAGAUAAAGAAAGCGUACAGAAAGGCGGCCUUAAAGUAUCAUCCUGACAAAAACCCCAGUUCGGAGGCUGCUGAUAAAUUCAAGCAGAUGACCGCAGCUUAUGAGAUCUUGUCAGAUUCGCAGAAGAGAGAGGUUUAUGAUCAAUUUGGAGAGGAGGGUCUAAAUGGAGGAGGAGGAGGACCAGGUGGCUUCGGCGGGUUUGGAGGGUUUGGAGAGGAUAUAUUUUCUCAGUUCUUUGGUGGAGGAGGGGCUUCUAGGCCUAGGGGGCCUCAGAAGGGUAGGGACAUUAAGCACGAUAUCAGCUGUACCUUGGAGAAUUUGUACAAGGGUAGAACGGCGAAGUUGGCAUUGAAUAAGACGGUCUUGUGUAAGUCGUGCGAGGGUCGUGGUGGCAAAUCGGGGUCUGUAAAGAAGUGUUCUUCGUGUGGGGGUCAUGGUGUCAAGUUUGUCACGAGACAGAUGGGACCUAUGAUCCAGAGAUUUCAGACCACAUGUGAGGCGUGUAAUGGUGAAGGUGAUGUGAUUGAUCCUAAAGAUCGCUGCAGAGAAUGUAGCGGUAAGAAGAUCUCCAAUGAGAGAAAGAUCUUAGAGGUCAAUAUUGAGCCAGGUAUGAAAAAUGGGCAGAAGGUUGUAUUCCAAGGUGAGGCUGAUCAGCAGCCAGGUCAGAUUCCUGGUGACGUUGUUUUCGUUGUUAACGAACAAGAGCAUCCAAAAUUUGUUAGAAAUGGUGAUAAUUUGCACUAUGAGGCACAGAUUGACUUGUUGACAGCUGUCGCUGGUGGCCAAUUUGCAUUAGAGCACGUCUCCGGUGAUUGGUUGAAGGUUGAUAUUGUUCCAGGUGAAGUUAUUGCUCCCGGCAUGGUCAAGGUAAUUGAGGGUAAGGGUAUGCCAAUUCAAAAGUAUGGUUCCUAUGGUAAUUUAUUGAUUAAGUUCAACGUUAAGUUCCCCAAGUCUCACUUUGCCAGUGAUGCAGAUCUAAAGAAGCUAGAAGAGAUCUUACCGCCAAGAGUUUUACCAGGAAUCCCACUGAAAGCUGAGGUUGAGGAAUGUGUCUUAGCCGAUUUUGAACCUUCUAAGCACGACCCUAGAACCGCUAACGGUAGAGGUCAAAGUUAUGACUCCGAUGAGGAAGAAGGACAUGCAGAAGGAGUCCAAUGUGCAUCUCAAUGA